AUGGCCGGAGAAAAAGGAACAGAGAUUCGAGAUGAUAAACCAACGAACGCAUUAUCAACUAACAAUUUAAAUCAACACCACAUGGCUGUUACACUUUUUGAGCACACUGUUUAUUUGCUACGCAUCCAGUUGGAUUGUUCUUCCCAAUUGAAGACUGAAUUAACUUCAACUGGUUGUAAUCUCGCUCAAGAUGUGAAUGUUUGGAUUGACCUGAAUGAUGAUGGAAAAUUUGAUGAAUCAGAAAUCGGAGCUCCUUAUCGUUGGCCGGUAACUAGUUACAUGGCAGAAGGCAUCUAUGAUAUACAAAUAUACGUACCAUUGAUCGAUGGCAGAUACAUAAGAAAUGGACCACAUCGAAUGCGUAUUUCUGUUGUGCCGAGUAAUUAUUAUCGAAGUACUUGUGUCGAUUAUGACUACAAUGAGUCACGAGAAUAUAUGGUCACUAUUAUUCCAAGAAUGAAAUAUUCUUCACUCGACGCUACGCCUACUUCUAUGGUACCACACAACGUGCCAUGUUCUCCUGAUAUUGGUAAAGUCGUUCUUGUUGUAAUGGCUGGUGAACAUCGAACACAAAUUCGGGAUGACCAGUCGACAAGAACUGCAUUGACCAGCAACACUCGGAAUUAUCAACACCUAGCCAUUGUACUAUAUGAAGAUACUGUCUAUUUGCUACGCAUCCAAUUUGAAUGCACUGGAUCACGAAGCGGAGAUUCUGUUGGAAAUAACUGUAACCUUCCUCAUGAUGUGGCUGCCUGGAUUGAUCUAAACGAUGAUGGUAGCUUUAGUGAUAUAGAAAAUGCAGCUCCUUAUCGCUGGCCACUCACUAGUUAUAUACCACAAGGCAUCUAUGAUCUACAAAUAUAUGUACCUAAUAUUGAUGGAACGAAGACGAAAACUGGACCACAUCGUAUGCGUCUUGACAUAACGUUAAAUGAACACUAUCGUCAAAAAUGUGGCAAGAAUUAUUAUAGAGAUACGCGAGAGUAUAAUGUUACCAUUGUUCGAAAAAAUAUGAAGCAAACAGGUAGAUAUUUUUUCAUCAAUUAUAUAGCUAAAGAUACUGAAUAA